GGUCACAGUCCAUUCUGGGGCAUCAUCCGGGUCGGGUAGUUCGACUCUCUCUCGUUUUUCUUGUGUUUAAGGAUAAUUUUACUUCUUUCAAGGGGGUCCUUUUUUUCCUAUAAGUGUCUUUUGAAUCAGUGUGGUUAGUGAUUUUGAAAUAGUGCGUGUUCGAGCAUUUUCGAGGAUUAUUUCGGAUCGUGAGAUCGAGGUGAUCAAGAUGAUGCUGUUCGUCGUAGCAACAGCACUGCUGGCGCUGGGCCAGUCCAACGCCGUCAACGUGGCCACCUCGUACAGUGUGAUCCAUCACGAGACGCCGUCGGCCCGUGUCCUGCACAAACCUUCGGCCACGGUCUACCACCCGUCCUCGCACAUUGUCCACUCGAAUGCCCCCCACUUUGCCCCUCUGAUCCAGGCCAAGCCCAAGUACACCGUGCCCUUUCUGAGCGCGUACAACGCCGCCACCCAGUGCCCGGCCCCGCCGGUUUGCACCAAGACGCGCUACCGCACCUUUGACGGCUCCUGUAACAACCUGCAGAACCCGGCCUGGGGAACCCCGAACCGUCCGUACGGCCGUCUGCUCACGCCCAAGUACGGCGAUGGCAUCUCCAGCCCGACCACCUCCGUCACCGGCCAGGACCUGCCCAACUCGCGUCUGCUGUCGCUCGUCGUGUUCGGCGAGGAGGACGUCCCCGAUCCGCAGUUCACCCUCGGAAACAUGCAGUGGGGACAGAUCAUGACGCACGACAUGAGUCUGCAGGCCGGCGGUACCCAGUCCAAGAAACACGCUACCCGUUGUUGUACCGACGAUGGCAAGCUCAUCGGAAAGGAGCGCGCGCACUCCACCUGCUACCCGAUCAUCGUGCCGGAGAACGAUCCCGCCCACAGCCAGACCGGAACCGAGUGCGUCAACUUUGUCCGUACGCUUACGACCCGCGAAGACCCGUGCAGUGCCACCCACCCGUCGGCGCCCGCUGAGCAGCUCACCACCGUCACCUCGUGGCUGGACCUUUCGCUCGUGUACGGCAACUCGGAUCAACAGAACGCCGGACUUCGUUCCUUCACCGGAGGUCGCAUGGCUACCGUCGAGCGUGACGGCUACGAGUGGCCCCCGAAUAACCCCAACGCCACCACCGAGUGCGACGUGGUCUCCCGCGACGAAGUCUGCUACCUGGCCGGAGAUUCCCGCGUCAACCAGAACCCCGGUCUGACCAUCAUGCAGAUCAUCCUGCUGCGUGAGCACAACCGCAUCGCCGACCAGCUGCAGAAGUACAACCCCCACUGGGACGAUGAGCUGCUGUUCCAGGAAGCCCGCCGCAUCAACACCGCCCAGUACCAGCACAUCAACUACUGGGAAUGGCUGCCGAUCUUCCUCGGCAAGGAGAACAUGCUCAAGAACCGACUGAUCUACAACGUCAAGGGAGGAGACUACAUCAACGACUACGACCCAUCGCAGGAUCCCUCAGUGCUGAACGCCCACGCUACCUCCGCCUUCCGUUACUUCCACUCGCAGAUCGAAGGACGUCUGGACCUCGUGUCGGAAGUCCGCAAGCCCACUGGAUCGCUGCGUCUGAGCGACUGGUUCAACCGUCCCUCGAUCAUCGAAGCCGGCGACAACUACGACUUCCUGACCCGUGGUCUCGCCACCCAGCCCGAGGAGCUGACCGACCGCAACUUCGACGCCGAGAUCAAGCACUUCCUGUUCCGCCGUGGACGUCCGUUCGGAUCGGACCUGCGCGCCUUCGACAUCCAGCGUAACCGUGACCACGGUCUGGCCGGCUACAACGACUACCGCGAGUUCUGCGGCUUCAAGCGCGCCAACACCUGGGAGGACUUCCUGGACCUGAUCUCCGCCGAGGACGUUGCCAAGCUGCAGUCGCUGUACCAGAGCAUCGACGAUGUGGACCUCACGGUGGGAGCCGGUCUGGAAGCCCACGUCAACGGUGCCCUGGCCGGACCGACCUUCCUGUGCAUCCUGACCGAGCAGUUCUACCGCACCCGAGUGGCCGAUCGGUUCUUCUACGAGCGUGGCGACAAGGACGUGGCCUUCACCCGCGAACAGCUCGCCGAAAUCCGCAAGGCCAGCAUCGCGCGUCUGUUCUGCGACAACGGUAACCACGUCACGUCCAUGCAGCCCAAGGCCUUCUGGAGACCGUCCUCGCGCAACCAGGUCGUGCCGUGCACGCAGCUCCCCGAAGUCGAUCUGAGCAUGUGGAAGGAUCUGUCGUACGACAACAGCCUCAACUCGUUCCACUACUUCCACAACUUUAAGAAAUAAGCUCCCUCCGAACUGAAGCUAUAGCGAGUUUAAGGCCCCAACUGCCACACCUAGUUCUAACCCCCUCCCAGAUGUUUGAAGUAUUCUUUGACCCCCUUCAAGUCACCAGACAUACUCUUGCCUGAAAUUAUCCUUAUCGAGUUUUGUUUUGUC